GCUGGGCGAUCGGACGAUCCUUUCUUAUUGGUCGCACGCUGCCGGUCCCGAGCGUGCGUCGGCUCGGGUUCCUUCCGCCCCGCGUCUCCGUGGAGUGGAGACGGGCGGAGCGCCGGCCCCUGCUUCGGUGGCCUCUAGCGAGACCGGGAGGAUCCAGGGAUUCAGUAGCUACAAUGUUGUCAAGACUUUUCCGAAUGCAUGGCCUCUUUGUGGCCUCCCAUCCCUGGGAAGUCAUAGUGGGGACGGUGACACUGACCAUCUGUAUGAUGUCCAUGAACAUGUUUACUGGCAACAAUAAGAUCUGUGGUUGGAAUUAUGAGUGUCCAAAGUUUGAAGAGGAUGUUUUGAGCAGUGACAUUAUAAUUCUGACAAUAACACGAUGCAUAGCAAUCCUGUAUAUUUAUUUCCAGUUCCAGAAUUUACGUCAGCUUGGAUCAAAAUAUAUUUUAGGUAUUGCUGGCCUCUUCACAAUUUUCUCAAGUUUUGUAUUCAGUACAGUUGUCAUUCAUUUCCUAGAUAAAGAAUUGACAGGCUUGAACGAAGCUUUGCCCUUUUUCCUGCUUCUGAUUGACCUUUCCAGAGCGAGUGCUCUCGCGAAGUUUGCCCUCAGUUCCAACUCGCAGGAUGAAGUGAGGGAGAAUAUUGCCCGUGGAAUGGCGGUUUUAGGUCCCACGUUCACCCUCGACGCUCUUGUAGAAUGUCUUGUGAUUGGAGUUGGUACCAUGUCAGGAGUGCGUCAACUUGAAAUUAUGUGCUGCUUUGGCUGCAUGUCUGUUCUGGCCAACUACUUUGUGUUCAUGACUUUCUUCCCGGCUUGUGUGUCCUUGGUUUUAGAGCUGUCCCGGGAGAGCCGUGAGGGCCGUCCAAUUUGGCAGCUCAGCCACUUUGCUCGAGUUUUAGAAGAGGAAGAAAAUAAACCAAAUCCUGUGACUCAGAGGGUGAAGAUGAUUAUGUCUCUAGGCUUGGUUCUUGUUCAUGCUCACAGUCGCUGGAUAGCUGAUCCUUCUCCUCAAAACAGUACAGCAGAAAAUUCUAAGGUUUCUUUAGGAUUGGAUGAAAACGUGUCCAAGAGAAUUGAACCAAGUGUUUCCCUCUGGCAGUUUUAUCUCUCCAAAAUGAUCAGCAUGGAUAUUGAACAAGUUAUUACCCUAAGUUUAGCUCUCCUUCUGGCUGUCAAGUACAUCUUCUUUGAAAAAGCGGAGACAGAAUCUACACUCUCAUUGAAAAACCCUAUCACAUCUCCGGUAGUGACCCAAAAGAAAGUCCCAGACGACUGUUGUAGACGUGAACCUGUACUGGUCACAAAGAGCCAGAAAUUCCACGCGGCGGCGGAGGAGAUGAGGAUAAACACAGAAAGAAAAGCAGUUGAGGUUAUAAAACCCCUAGUGGCCGAAGCUGACACCUCAAACAGAGCGACGUUCGUGGUCGGCAGCUCCUCUUCACUCAUUGCUUCACCGGAACUGGAGACGCAGGAACCUGAAAUUGAACUUCCCCUGGAGCCUCGGCCCGACGAAGAAUGUCUGCGGAUCCUUGGGGAUGUGGAGAAAGGUGCAAAAUUCCUUAGUGAUGCUGAGAUCAUCCAAUUAGUCAAUGCUAAGCAUAUCCCAGCCUACAAAUUGGAAUCACUGAUGGAAACCCAUGAACGAGGUGUAUCUAUUCGUCGACAGUUACUUUCCACAAAACUUCCAGAGCCUUCUUCUCUCCAGUAUCUGCCUUACAGGGACUAUAACUACUCCUUGGUGAUGGGAGCUUGUUGUGAGAAUGUUAUUGGCUAUAUGCCCAUCCCUGUUGGAGUGGCAGGACCUCUGUGCUUGGAUGGAAAAGAAUUUCAGGUUCCAAUGGCAACCACGGAAGGUUGCCUUGUGGCCAGCACUAACAGAGGCUGCAGAGCAAUAGGCCUUGGUGGAGGUGCCAGCAGCCGAAUCCUUGCAGAUGGGAUGACCCGCGGCCCCGUGGUACGUCUUCCCCGUGCUUGUGACUCUGCAGAAGUGAAGGCCUGGCUUGAGACACCUGAAGGGUUCACAGUGAUAAAGGAGGCGUUCGACAGCACCAGCAGGUUUGCGCGUCUACAGAAACUUCACACGAGUGUGGCGGGACGCAAUCUUUACAUCCGCUUCCAGUCCAGGUCGGGCGACGCCAUGGGCAUGAACAUGAUUUCGAAGGGUACAGAGAAAGCACUUUCAAAACUCCACGAGUAUUUCCCUGACAUGCAGAUUCUGGCAGUUAGCGGUAACUAUUGCACUGACAAGAAACCUGCUGCCAUCAACUGGAUAGAGGGACGAGGAAAGUCUGUUGUUUGUGAAGCUGUCAUUCCAGCCCGGGUUGUCAGAGAAGUAUUGAAAACUACUACGGAAGCUAUGGUUGAGGUCAACAUUAAUAAGAACCUGGUGGGCUCUGCCAUGGCUGGGAGCAUCGGGGGCUACAAUGCCCACGCGGCCAACAUCGUGACUGCCAUCUACAUCGCCUGUGGGCAGGAUGCAGCACAGAAUGUUGGUAGUUCAAACUGCAUUACUUUAAUGGAAGCAAGUGGCCCCACAAAUGAAGAUCUGUAUAUCAGUUGCACCAUGCCGUCUAUAGAAAUAGGAACUGUGGGUGGUGGCACCAACCUGCUCCCUCAGCAAGCCUGUUUGCAGAUGCUGGGUGUGCAAGGAGCGUGCAAAGAGAAUCCUGGGGAGAAUGCGCGGCAGCUGGCCAGGAUUGUGUGUGGGACAGUGAUGGCUGGGGAAUUGUCCCUGAUGGCAGCCUUGGCAGCAGGACAUCUUGUCAGAAGUCACAUGAUUCACAACAGGUCAAAGGUAAAUCUACAAGGCCUCCAGGGCACUUGCACUGAGAAGGCUGCUUGAGUGGCUGCCAGCUGGGGACUGCAGCAUGGGCGUGGGUUCUAAGGACUGAUGUAAAAUCUGAUUAAAGGCUCGAUGCACGGUCUGGUUGCGAAUGCGUGGCCGCGGUGUGAGGCGAUGCUUGGUGGGGGCUGCCACAGGGUCUGGGGCCGCCCUCAGAUCCGAGCGCUCCAGGUCAGUGCCUCGCUGCAGUGCUCUCGGAGAGGUCUCGGCACGGAUUUUAUGCUCUCGGUCAUCACAGGUCUUAAUCUGUCGUCACUGUUGAGAAAAUAUGAGCCGGAACCCAUGUUUUCCUUUGAAGAAAUUCAUGGGGCUUGUGGUGAUCAGUGGGAGACCCCCGCCCCCCGCUGGGUUGAAAAUCGAUUUUUAAAUUAUACUGUAGCUGACAAAA